GACGCCCGAGAGCACCUCGCUUCCCCCUUCCCUUCCUCAGCUUCUCUGUUCGAGGAAAGGAAGACGAGAAGGCGAGGCAGCCGAGGAGCAUGACCGAGUCCGGGGGCGGUGCGCCGCCGUCGCCGGCGAAGGUCAUCUUCGGCAAGUACGAGAUGGGCCGCCUGCUCGGCCGCGGCGCCUCCGCCAAGGUGUACCACGCCCGCCACUGCCCCUCCGGCCAAGGCGUCGCCGUCAAGGUCUUCCCCAACCCCCGUCGUCCUGCUGGUUGCUCUGCCGACGGCGACUCCUUUAUCCGCGAGAUCUCCGCCCUCCGCCGGCUCCGACAUCCCCACAUCAUCCGCCUCCACGAGGUGCUGGCCUCCCGCUCCAAGGUGUACCUCGUCCUCGAGCUCGCCAAGGGCGGCGAGCUGUUCUCCCGCGUCGAGGACCGCGGUCACCUCCCGGAGGACCUCUGCCGCCGUCUGUUCCGCCAGCUCGUCUCCGCCGUCGCCUACUCCCACUCCCGCGGCGUCUUCCACCGGGACCUCAAGCCGGAGAACCUCCUCCUGGACGAGGCCGGCGACCUCAAGGUCUCGGACUUCGGGCUCGCCUCCCUCCGCUCCUCCUCCUCCUCCGAAGGCGAUGACGGUGACCUCCUGCUGCACACCCAAUGCGGGACGCCAGCGUACGUGGCGCCGGAGGUCCUCACGAGGAAGAUGACGGGGGGGUACGACGGGGCGAAGGCGGACAUGUGGUCGUGCGGGGUGAUCCUCUUCGUGCUCAACGCCGGCUACCUCCCCUUCAACGACCCCAACCUCAUGUCCCUCUACCGAAAGAUCUACCGCGGCCACCACCGCUGCCCCCGCUGGACUUCGCCCAAUCUCCGGCGCCUCAUCGCCCGCCUCCUCGACCCCAACCCCGCCACCCGCAUCUCCAUCGACGGCAUCCUGCGCGACCCCUGGUUCGCCAGGGACUUCGACGCGGACCAAUGGACGGCGCUGAUGCAGCCCCGUGGAGAUGCCACCGAUCCAUCGGGCAAGCCCCACCAUCGCAGGGAGCUCAACGCCUUCGACCUCAUCUCCUUCUCCCCGGGGCUCGACCUCUCGGGCCUCUUCGAGGAGGCGACCUCGGACCGGGAGCGGUUCGCGUUGACCGAGCCGGUCGACACAAUCGUGGACCGGCUCGAGCGGGUGGGGAGAGGGGAGGGGUUGGCGGUGAGGAGGGAGGGCGAGAAGGGGUUUAGCGCGGUCGUUGAGGGGCAAAAUGGGGAAUUCCUUCUGAGGGUAGAGGUAUACCGGUUGACCGGCAGCGUUGCGGUGGUGGCGGUCGAGAGGAGCGGUGGCGCUGGCGAAAGCCUGUGGACUGAGAAGUUGGGGCCCGCGUUGAGGGGCGCGGUGACCGGUGAGCGGUUAACUUAGCUUUAGAAACCCACUGUUUUAUAAGUAUGUGACUAUUGUUUUUUUUUCUUUUUUCGGAAUUAAUGCUAAAGAAAAUUGACGUCAUCAGAAACAAAUAAAUCGAUCACGAUUCAUAUUC